AUGAAUGUCGCAAAUGCAGUUGGUGCGGAGCUUGUGGCCAAUGUUGUGGGUGUUGUGUUUGUUGCGGAGUUGGUGGCGAAUGUUGUGGAUGUUGUGUGUGUUGUGGAGUUUCUGGCGAAUGUUGUGGGUGUUGUGUGUGUUGCGGAUUUUGUGGCGAAUGUUGUGGAUGUUGUGUGUGUUAAGGAGUUUGUGGCGAAUGUUGUGUGUGUUGCGGAGUUUGUGGCGAAUGUUGGUGUUGCGGAGUUUGUGGCGAAUAUUGCGGAUGUUGCGGAGUUUCCGGCGAAUGCUGUGGGUGUUGUGUGUGUUGCGAAGUUUGUGGCGAAUGUUGUGGGUGUUGUGUUUGUUGCGGAGUUGGUGGCGAAUGUUGUGGAUGUUGUGUGUGUUGCCGAGUUUGUGGUGAAUGUUGUGUGUGUUGCGGAGUUUGUGGUGAAUGUUGUGGAUGUUGUGUGUGUUGCGGAGUUUGUGGCGAAUUUUGUGGAUGUUGUGUGUGUUGCGGAGUUUGUGGUGAAUGUUGUGGAUGUUGUGUGUGUUGCGGAGUUGGUGGCGAAUGUUGUGGAUGUUGUGUGUGUUGCGGAGUUUGUGGCGAAUGUUGUGGAUGUUGUGUGUGUUGCGGAGUUUGUGGCCAAUGUUGUGGAUGUUGUGUGUGUUGCGGAGUUGGUGGCGAAUGUUGUGGAUGUUGUGUGUGUUGCGGAGUUUAUGGCCAAUGUUGUGGAUGUUGUGUGUGUUGCGGAGUUUAUGGUGAAUGUUGUGGAUGUUGUGUGUGUUGCGGAGUUUGUGGCGAAUUUUGUGGAUGUUGUGUGUGUUAAGGAGUUUGUGGCGAAUUUUGUGGAUGUUGUGUGUGUUGCGAAGUGUGUGGCGAAUGUUGUGGGUGUUGUGUGUGUUGUGGAGUUUGUGGCGAAUGUUGUGGAUGUUGUGUGUGUUGCGGAGUUUGUGGCGAAUGUUGUGGAUGUUGUGUGUGUUGCGGAGUUUGUGGCGAAUUUUGUGGAUGUUGUGUGUGUUGCGGAGUUUGUGGCCAAUGUUGAAGAUGUUGUGUGUGUUGCGGAGUUUGUGGCGAAUGUUGUGAGUGUUGCGGAGUUUGUGGCGAAUGUUGUGGGUGUUGUGUGUGUUUCGGAGUUUGUGGCGAAUGUUGUGGAUGUUGUGUGUGUUGCGGAGUUUGUGGCCAAUGUUGUGGAUGUUGUGUGUGUUGCGGAGUUUGUGGCCAAUGUUGUGGAUGUUGUGUGUGUUGCGGAGUUUGUGGCGAAUGUUGUGGAUGUUGUGUGUGUUGCGGAGUUUGUGGCGAAUUUUGUGGAUGUUGUGUGUGUUAAGGAGUUUGUGGCGAAUGUUGUGGAUGUUGUGUGUGUUGCGAAGUGUUUGGCGAAUGUUGUGGGUGUUCUGUAUGUUGCGGAGUUUGUGGCGAAUGUUGUGGGUGUUCUCUGUAUUGCGGAGUUUGUGGCGAAUGUUGUGGGUGUUCUCUGUGUUGCGGAGUUUGUGGCGAAUGUUGCGAGUGUUGCAAUAAUCGUGAAUGCUUUGAAUGUUGUAAAUGUUGCUAAGUUUGUGGCGAAUGUCUUGAAUGUUUAG